CCUCUCCUCUCCUCUCUGCCUACCAUUACCCUUUCUCUUAUUCUUCUUCAAUCAAGAACAACCUUCUUAAUCAAGAACUUUCAAUUUAAUUAUCAAGAAACUAUCUUUCUCAACCAAGAACCUUCACUCUCUUCGAUCAAGAAGUCAUUUCUUGAUAAAAAAACUGUCUUCCUCUUCGUUCUCUUCCUUAUUCUUUAAACUCCAGCUUUACUGAUCAUGGAAAACUUUGAACUUCGCUGUAAUCACAAGGGGGGGAAUUAUAUUGGGGGAGAUGAUGUUUUUGACGUGAAAUGUGACGACAUGCUCUGUUACACAACCAUUAUCAAUAAUCCUACAAGCCUCUUGAGGUGGAUUGCUGAAUUGUUUGGGACUAAGCUACCAGAUCGUCGCAACAGGCUUAGGGUCUCUAUGGACAUGAUUUGGGACAAAUACUGUGAUGAUGGCGGACUCAAAACUCCUGCUACCCUUCAAUUCUGUCACGAGAGUUGUUGCAUCAUCUAUCAUGUUUAUCCUCCGGAUAACUUUCCAACUUCUUCCCUGGAAAAAUUCUUGAAUCACAGUUGCGUAGAUUUUGUUUGUUUUGGAUUGAUUGAGAAAGUCAAUUAUCUUCGUAAGACACACAAUCUUGAAGUGAAGAUGGAACACUGGUAUGAUAUCCCAUUUAUGGCCAAUGUGUUGGAUCCAAACAGGUUUGGUCUCAAUCUCCAUUCGCCUCUACAAGAUAUGGUAUACAUUGAGUUCUCGAAAUCGUAUAAAAAGCCUGAUGACCUUCUUAAAAGCAACUGGAGGCUGGUUCCACUUCCUCUUGAUAAAGUAAUGCAUGCAGCCCUAGAUUGCUUUUUUGCCUACAAGUUGGCAGCUCGGCUCUCCAUUCCUGUAAAGAUCCUAACAGAGUUCCAGGAUCUCAGAAUUCAUAGGACUGACGAUUCUACUGGUUGGUAAUAUUUGAUGUUUGUGGGAACUGGAGUUCUUUUUGCUCAUGCUUAACCUAUUCUGCUGUUAGUUUUUUGUUAUGGUCUUUAGACUUUCAUGGCUAGUCAUGCUGGCUCCUGUAGUUCUUCUAUUCAGUAGCAGUUUUCGGGACUCCCUUUGUAUGCUUCCUUGGGUGUUAUGGUUUACCUUGUGUCAUUUGAAGAUGAAGUAAAGUGAUCCUCUGUCUUGAUUCUUGCA